AUGGUAGACAAUAACUGCUCCGAGUCUUUCAAUUCCAAUAUUGUUGAUGCUAGGCACAAACCUAUUGUUAGUAUGCUAGAAGACAUUAGGUUGAUGUGUAUGAAGAGGAUUACUGAUAGGAAAUCUGCAUUAUUGACUUGGAAGGGUGAAUGGGCUCCAAAUGUAGUUAGGUUUUUUGAUCAAAAUAAAUCUGACUCCAUAAAAUGUCAUGUAGUCUGGAAUGGGGAGUAUGGGUAUGAAGUCAGUGAGGGUGAAGACAGACACAAUGUCUUUGUAGACACAAAGAAAUGUACCUGCAGGGUUUGGGAACUUACUGGAGUUCCCUGUUGUCAUACUAUUGUUGUUUUCCAUUUUAGUUCCAUUGAUCUAAUGACUGUAAUCAGUCAGUGUUACUAUAAGGAAGUGUAUGCCAAGGCUUAUGAACAUGUUAUCCAUCAUGUACCUGGAGUAAAGUUCUGGAAUGUGAGAGCAGAAGAUGAAGUAGAACCUCCACUUGUGGAGAUUAAGGUUGGGAGGCCAAAAAAGAACAGGGUGAGAGCUAAACAUGAGCCUAGGCAUCAACACAAACUUGGUAGGAAAGGGAAGCUACAACAUUGUAGCUUGUGUUGA